UGUUAAAAAGUUUACAAAAUAUUAAAAUUGAUAAAUAUAAGAAUUUAAUAUCACUUGAUAUAGUUAAUAUGUAUCCGAGUAUUACAAUAGAAGAUAUAGAAAAUUCAUUAAUGAGAAUAAAUACACCCAAUUGGAUAAAUUAAAUUAUGUUUAAUUAUAAUUAAAAAUAAUUACUUUCAGUUUGGAAAUAAUUUCUACACCCAGAAGGAUGGAAUACCUAUGGGUACUUGCAUAGGUCCAAAACUGGCAGAAAUAUCAAUGAUACAAAUAGAUGAGCAAAUUAGAAAUAUAGAAGGUAUAGAAUUUUAUAGAAGAAAUGAGGAAAAAAAUGAUAUAAUGGAAGAAAAAGGUGUUCUGUAUUCAUUUGAUUGUAAUUGUAAUCCAGAAAAAACAUAUAUUGGAGAAACAAAGAGAAAAUUGGGGAUACGAUUAAAAGAACAUAUUAGAGCAAUACGUGGAAAUUAUGCAAAUUCUGCAGUAGCGGAACACUGCAAUUCAACAGGAUGUGAAAUAAUAUUAAAAUCAGUUAAAAUAAGAAAAAAAGAAGAAAAUAAUUAUAAACGACAAUUAUACGAACACAUUAAUAUAAUCAAACAAAACAUUAGAAUGAAUAACAAUAACGGAAGAGAAAUACACCAAUCAUGGAGAAGAAUGAUAGACACAAACAGGAAAUCGACGUAUAAAGGGAACAAUAGUGACCGGGAAAGACAAAGUGAAAGUGAAGAAAGACAAGUAGAAAUGUAAGUUAGAAUUUGUUUUAAAUGUACAAAACUAUGUAAAAUGUUAACGUUUAAGGUUAGAGUUUAAUGGAACAAUUAUUGGUUUGAUUUUAAUACAGGAAUGUUUUAAAAUGGAUAUUAAUUGUUAUUGGACUGAAUUAU